UUACCCAUGUCAUUGACAGCAAGCUUGCUACAGACAAGUGUGUUUUUCCCCUGUACAUUGAAAAUGCUGAACUGUGUAACAAGAUUGUUUCCAUAAUCAGGUCAUGUAUGCGCGGCUAAAUUUAGUGUGCAGUGGGUGUGAGUUUAAGUGGACAAAGAUCAAUACAUUGUCAAGGUGUCAGAAAACGCGAGUGUGGUGCUGUGAUGUCAAGAGUAUUCGACGAAUUUCGACGCGAGGGACUUUGAAUAUAAGUCAAGUUCGAUGGUAUACACUGAGAAGUUUCCGUGGUCCCGAUCCAGUGAAGUUUCCACGACUUACUCCACAGCAUGUCACAGCGAUAUUACAAGCGAAUGAAACGUCCGUGGAAGAAACAUACGGACCUGUCAAAGGAUUCGAGACAAAUCAACUUCAGUCAAAUAACCCGAUAGAAGACCGUCGUGGGGAAGCAAAGUUAUUGACAACUCACAGUAAGUGGGGAGUUGGUGGCCGCUAUUUGUUUGGUAUGUUUGAUGGCCAUGCAGGUAAUUCAUGCGCCCAGUCUAUUCGUGAACGUCUAUUUCACUACAUAACGGUGACUUUAUCUUCCCCUGAAACUUUGCAUGAAAUCAAGGACGAUAAGCUGAAUUUGAAUGAAAAACUUUUGCAUCAGUAUAGAAGUGGGUUGGACUAUUACAAUAAAGAUCUAGCAGAUAUUCAACAGAGAAGUUUGGCAAAGUUUGCAAGUGAAACCCUAGCAGUACAUGGUGAAGAGGACACACUUGUGGACAAUUUGACAAAUGCUUUUGUGAGGUUAGAUCAAGAUAUUUGUUCAGAGGCAUUACCAGAACAAAACUCUAAUUUGAACUUUCAUUGUCUGCAGUCAGCCUUCUCUGGUGCUGUGGGUUGUGUAGCAUUUGUGGAUGGGAUCGAUGUGUACAUCGCCAAUGUUGGUGAUGCUCAGGCAGUGCUUGGUGUUAAUACUCAUGGAGACGAAUGGGAGGCAGUUUCUCUCAGCAAUUUGCAUAAUGCUGAUAAUGAAUCAGAAGUGAAUCGGUUGUUCAGACAUCACCCGAAUGAAUCGGGUAAUAUUUUGAAGAAUGGGCGUUUGUUUGGUGACUUAGCACCACUGCGUGCUUUUGGAGAUGUUCGGUACAAAUGGGCAGCUAAAGAUCUGAAACAUAUUGCAAAUACAGUGCGGUCGCCGCAGUCUGCCAUCAGUAUCUAUGGCAACCGACUUAUUCCGAGGAAUUAUCACACCCCACCAUAUCUGACUGCUGAACCGGAAAUAAUCCACCAUCGUCUUACACCAAGAGACAAAUUUCUUGUUCUAGCAUCAGACGGGUUAUGGGACACGUUAUCACCUGAGAAAGUUGUUCAGCUCGUUGCCGGACACUUAGAUGGGCGGCAGGUAUGGGUCAACUUCCAUCCCCCUCAGGGCACCACCAUGAAGGAUAUCAACGAGAUGCUCAAACGAAGGAAAUCAAGUCUUGCCAAUAUCACUGUGGAUGCAAAUGUAGCUACGCAUUUGAUCCGGAACUCCUUGGGCCCUGAACAUGGACAGCUUUCAGCACAGUUAACACUCCCAGACAGUAUCGUGAGAUUCUACAGAGAUGAUAUUUCUGUGACAGUGAUUUACUUCGAUUCCGAUUACAUCAUUGAUAAGGCUUCAGUGUGAAUGUAGUAUUGGAAAAUAGGUUUACUGUUGUUGAUGUGUUUGUUAUUGCUGUGGAAAGACAGUGAACUGAAUGCCACUGUUGUUUGUUUUAUACUGCAUAUGGCCUAGGAGGAGAGUGAUGCGGACACUUAUCUUCUUAUAGACCUGCUAGUGCUAUUCUUCUCAUGCCCUUGUCCCCCCCACUGAUCACUGAAUGCCACUGUUGGUUAGGCCACAAUAUAUUAAUCAUUCAAUCAAGUCUCCUUUCCAUAGAACGAUCUUUGAGACAAUCAUAAGUCCAGUACUUUAACCCAGACUUACCACAAUAUAGUAUCCCUUAGAUUAAUUUUGAAGAAUGGGUGGCAAAUUUUGAAGAAUAUUUAGAUGGGAUGGAUCAAUUAUCAUAUUUUAAUAUACAGACAAACUGUAUGGAUGAACAACUUCUUUAUUUGGUAUUUUACUUAUUAAAACCAACUAGUCUUGACAUCUGUGAACACCAGCACUCUAUGGGUGUUUGAAUCCACACAGGUUUGACUGCAUCAUCGCAGGUAAUUAGGGACAGUAAAGUAAGGCAAAGCUGGGCAUUUGUCAGUGAGGCUUUCAGGGAGAAAAUGUACUAUUGCCUUGAUAUAUUUAUAGAACUCUUCAAUCAAUGGAGUUCUAAAAUUACUAAAUACCAAUAGUCAUUUCCAUUGAAAAAUCACAAAAGGUUUUCUAAAUAAAUACAUCUAGUCAGUGAGCACAUUUUUGUAUCACAUCACUGGGGUUCUAUUUCACCCUGUAAUGACAGUGCUGCAUUUUGGUGUUUGUUUGGCUCUGACUAUGUUUCUAGGUUUGUGUGCGCUGUACCCAUCCUCGUGGGUUUCACUGCAACGGUAGACAUGAGCCCGGCAUCACUCCUGGCUUGUUUAACCUGACACGCUGCCAUACAACAAAUAAUACACCCAUCACACUCACAAAUAUUUUACCAAUUUAUGUUUCAUUCUGUUACUAAAAUUAAGAAUACUGGAAGUCUUUUUGCCCCAGUUGUCAUUUGGACCUGGGCUUGAUUUUUGAAGCUCUCUUAGAGCUAAGAUAGUCGUGUGAGUUAAUGUUAAUGUAUGGCACUUACGACCGUCUUAACACUAGGAGAGCUUCGAAAAUCUAGGUGCUGGACUAUUAGGUGCUCCUGAUCUAGUGACGGAAGUGUAUUUAUCAGACCCAGCACAGGUAUCCAUACCUUGAGCAUUAAACACGACCACAUGAUGCACAAUAUGCUGCAGUGUGUGUCCGGUCAUAUCAUGAAUAUUGCUUAAGUCAGGAUAGUCAGGAUUGCAUACUGAUAGAAGUAGUGAGGCCAAGAAAACACUGUUUAUGUUUCAGGUGACAUGGAGCCAACAGAUAUAGGUCUGAAGGUAUUUUAAAAUAUUAAUGUGCAAUUUAUUGUUGGCUAGUUUCAAAAUUUAAACUGAUGCAAGUUGCCCGUUUGUCAAGUUGUGUGUCGCUCUGUGUCAUACAUAAGUGAUUCCAAAACAUGCACUGGAACAGUGAAGCAAAAAAUCACAUGCUUGUUCUCACAAAUGAUUAAUACCCAUUCAGCUGAAGAAGUACGAAUCCAAUUAUAAACAUGGCUGCCAUGGCAUUUUAUGUAUGUGUGUAGUUAGUGGUGAUUCUCAACUGAUGAGUUUUAAUUGUUACUUUCAUUUGACCUUCUUUUACACAAGCAUUUAUGUAGAUUACUGAUGAAAUUUGGAAUAUUUGUGGCUCCAUUACUGGGUUCAACGUAGUUAUCUUUUCAGUAUAAUGAAUUUACAUUUCGUUUUUACCUUCCUCUUAUAUUCGCUCAUCCUUGCGUCUGUUACAUCUUCACUGAAAUGGCCAUCUUGAAGAAGAAGCUGUACUUUAACUAGUGUGUUUCUCAUCUAAUGACGUAUUUUGUAUUGUUUGUUAGUUUUGUUUUAGUCAUUAUUAUUUAUGCAGAAAAUAUUUAAAUAUCCAUAAAGGCAUCAGCUUUGUGUUCAGUGGCUGUCUUUGUUUACAAAGACAUUUUAACUGUUUACUUCAGGUGAGCUACAGAGCCUAAGCAUUUUCUUUUGAACUCAGGAGAACACCAUAUGUUGAGUUAAGCCUAAUGUGUCAAAAUAAAAGAUGAUUUCAGAGAUUUUCUGGGAGCAAUUUUGUUUAUAGUUGAACAUGGGCAGACUUAGACUGAUCCUCAUGCUGAUCUUGUCAGUUGUAUGUAACGAGAUCAGAUAUGAUCGCCUUUGGGAACAGUGAUGAGACACUUCUGCAUGUUACAUUUUGUCCAGAAGUUUGUAAAUCAGUGUAUAUUGUACAUUAUUGUUUACAAUGUAUUAAUCACAUUUCCCUAGUUUAUCUAUUGUCCCUGUAUUGUGCAGCAUAUCAUAUGUCUCAGUAUUAAUAUGGUAACAGCAAGUUACCAUGGAUGCAACGUAAUCAGCAAGACAAGGAAUGUGAACUUAGAUAAUGUUUCACCUGGUUGUGAUGGGAGAUGAUGAGAUGGACAGAUCCAAUUCAGUUUUAUAUUUCUGUUUUAUUUUCUGCAUGUUAAAUUAAAUAUCUAUCACAGGCC